AUGAAGGCGCUCCUUCGUGCCGCUGCAGACGGUAUGCAGAUCAUCAAUCUCUCUCUUGGGGGGCCUGGUGGCUGGAGUCAAGAUCGUGAGGCUCGACUAGCAGACAUGUUAGCUAGAAACGGUACUAUCAUUGUUGCAGCGAUGGGCAAUGAAGGUCGUAUGGGGCUGUUUGAAUCAUCCUCACCAGGCGUUGCUGCCUCUGUGAUUACAGUUGCCUCUACUGAAAACGAGUUUCGGAGCAGCAACUACUUCACAGUUAGCCUUAUUCCUGCUAAAAAAGGUGAAGGGAAAACAAAAAAAGGUGGACAAGGUGAACAAAAUGAUGGUGAAUCGCGUCCAAUCCUGUAUGUUGGAGAUGUCCACAUAGAUUUCAAAAAUGUAACGCUAGUCCAAAUUGCACCUGGAACAUCCGGAAAGGUCAAGUCUGAUGCAUGUUCAGCCAUCAAGAAGGACCUAAGAGGAAAAAUUGCAUUGAUCCGUCGUGGGGAUUGUGUCUUUAAACAAAAGGUUGCAAACGCAGCUUUAGCCAAUGCGAGUGCAGUGAUCAUCAUGGACAAUGUACCAUCUGAUGGUUUUGCGGCUGAUACAGGAGGAGCUAGGAUUCCAGUCAGCACAAUCACUUUGAGUGAUGGUGAAUAUCUUUUGGAGAUGAUCAAGGAACAGAAAAAAGAAGUUGAGGGUAUUAAAUUGACAGCUGGUAAUGGCCCAAAGAAAGUUUACAGUCCCAAUGGUGGGUUCCUGUCUCCUUUUUCGUCUAUGGGUCCUGAUGCAGAAUUAAAUUCUAAGCCAGAUAUUGCAGCGCCUGGUGGCCAGAUCUGGUCUACGUUCCCUAUCAAGCUUGGCUCAUUUGCUUCACUUUCGGGCACUUCAAUGGCUACACCAUAUGUAGUAGGAUGUGUUGCUCUGUAUUUAGAGGGCCUUCCUGAUGCAGAACGAUCAGCUGAAAGCAUCAAGGCUGCUUUGCAGAAUAGUGCCCAGCCGCGACAGCAGCAGACAGGAUUCAAGGGCUAUGCCCCAGUCACCCAGCAAGGGGCCGGUCUUCUGAACAUGAUGAAUGUUUUCAAGAGUCAGGUCGAGGUCACACCGUCCUUUAUCUCUCUUAAUGACACAGUUAACAUGAACUCAAAUCAAGUAAUCACAAUCCGCAACAAUGGGAAGUCUCCUCUAGAGUACGAAGUAGAGAUCCUUCCAGCAGCUGGGCUCUUACCUUUCGACAAGAAUAUGAUGGUCGAAAAGUCGCCACAGCACAUCCGAGCUGAAGCCUCUGCCAAAAUUGCGCAGAAAUCUGUCACAGUCCCACCUGGUUCUUCCGUCACGGUCGACCUCAAGUUCACAGGCCCUGAUACGGACCCUUUAAAGUAUGUCGUUUAUUCUGGAUUUGUCCGCUUCAAACCCAAAACUAGCAGUGCCGACUUGCAUUCGAUACAUGUUCCUUAUAUGGGCAUGCAGGGUGACUACAAGACAGUCAAUGUUCUCGAUCACACCUUUGGGCUCCGUCUGUUUGAUCCUCAAGGACGCCAACUUCGGGCCAGGAGUACUACGAAAAAACAUGGCCAUUCAGGAUCGGGUCCUACAAAAGUUGAAGCCGCAGGAUCCAUCAGUCAUAGAAUCAAUUCUGAGCCCAAUGCUGACACUGCUAAAGACCCCAAUGCACUAGCCCGCCCAGUUCAAAUCCAAAACGCAAUGAAGAUAGUGUUCCGUAUGAUUACUGCAAGCAAGGUCUUGGUGCUGGAUUUAGUAGCGGCGGAAGGAGAUGAUCCUUACCAAGUCAAGAGCUAUGGCAUCCUCAAGAAUGGUGUUGCUCGGUAUAUACCUCGGAAUGACCAAAUAGAGGGCAACGCAUUCCAGGUGAUGGGAUGGGAUGGUCAAAUAUUGAAGGCUGAAGGAUCUACUUUGACUGUGGUGGAUGCACCAAAGGAACAGACCUACCGCUUACGUAUUUCGUUAUUGAAGCAUUUUGGAGACUUGGAGAACGACCAAGAUUUUGAAUCUCAUCUUUCAGCCCCAUUCACUUUAUGA